AUGAAGUCAUCUACUCGCGUACUAUUGGCGCUUCUCGUAGUUUCGGCUAUGAUCUUCGUGCUCGCAGCAGGUACGCCGUUCGAUCGAGCCAUUGGCGUUUGCAUAAGGAACUGUGCUCAGUGCAAGAAAAUGUUCGGUUCGUACUUCCUGGGCCAGAAGUGCGCCGAUUCUUGCGUCAAGUACAAAGGAAAGCUCAUCCCUGACUGCGAGGAUGAGGUUUCGAUCCAACCGUUCCUCCAAGCACUCGAUAACGAUUACUAG